AACUUCGUCCGUCCAAGCAUCGCCUACUGAGGCCAACCCUACUACUACCACCACCGCCACCGAGCUCCACGAGGAGGGAGUCCUGACGUUCGAUGAUGACGUACCAUGGUGGAAAAGAGCUGGUCGACCAGGUCCCUCGCCUGCUAAGGAGGCGAAGCUGAGACCGAACAUCAACAAGAAAACUGGUGGAGCUCCGACGAGUUUUCCUACUGCUACAAGGGAGUACACCG